ACGCACAUGUCGAGGUGAAAGUGCAAGGCUGCCAUUUUUUUUCCCCCCCCGACGCAACCUCCCUGACUAGUUGGACGAGCGGAGACGAACCGCGAGUUUCGGCGUGUUACUUUGGGCCACUUUCUGUCUCCGUCGUCGGCGCGCCGAGGACCCCCGGAGGAGGGAACCUACACACGCUCGGCGCAUUCGGACUCGGACCGGGGCGCAGGCCGCGCGCCGGUGUGCGGACGGCUGCUUAGCACGGCGGGCUAACGCUAGCCGCGGCUGUAAACAAACUCCACGCACGGCGGCGAAACAGCGCGCGUCCCGCUCUCCGCGGGCCCAAAGUUCCUCCGGGGGACGGUGCGCACGUCGGGCGGCGGGACGCGGCUUCGGCGCUGCGCGUCCGGAUGUGUUGCACACAACUCGGGUUUUGAUGACGGUGCGAGUUCCUCCAAAGCGGCUCGGGGCUCAGGCGCUGUAGAGCGGGGGGUCGGAGGUCUGCCGGCUCGCAGGCGGCGGCGAGGAAGAGGAGGAGGGGGGGGGGGGAGACGAACGCACCAGACGCGGCAUGGCGUCCUUCUCCGAGUCGGCCCUGGAGAAGAAGCUGACGGAGCUGAGCAGCUCGCAGCAGAGCGUCCAGACCCUGUCGCUGUGGAUCAUCCACCACCGCAAACACUCGGGCCUCAUCGUCAAAGUGUGGCACAGGGAGCUGAAGAAAGCCAAAAGCAGCAGGAAGCUGACUUUCCUGUAUCUGGCCAAUGACGUCAUCCAGAACAGCAAGAAAAAAGGACCCGAGUUCACCAAAGACUUCGAGACUGUCCUCGUCGACGCCUGCUCCCACGUCGCCAGGGAAGCAGACGAUGGCUGUAAAAAGCCCAUGGAGAGACUGCUGAACAUCUGGAGGGAGAGGGCCCUCUACAGAGCCGACUUCAUUCAGCAGCUCAAACUGGCCAUCGAGGACUCGAACAGCCCAAGACCCUCAGAGGAGAAGAAGCCGGUGAAACGAAGCUACCAGAAGAUCCAGGAAGAGGAAGAUGAUGAGGAUGACGACUACAGAAGCCAUAACUCCCCUCGAAAUGCAGAUUCCACCGCAACUCAGCUGACGGAGGAGCUGGUGAAGGCCCUGCAAGACCUGGAGAAUGCUGCCUCAGGCGACGCAGCUGUUCGUCAGAAGAUCGCCUCGCUGCCGCAGGAAGUCCAGGAUGUUUCCCUGCUGGAGAAGAUCACUGACAAGGAGGCUGCAGACAAGCUGUCGAAGACGGUGGACGAAGCCUGUUUGCUGCUGGCGGAGUACAACGGCCGACUGGCUGCGGAGCUGGAGGACCGGAGGCAGCUGGCCCGCAUGCUGACUGAAUACAUCGGUAGCCAGAGGGAUGCGCUCAUGGAGAGAGAGAAGAAAUUAGAGGACUACAAGCAGAAACUGGCGAGGGUGACCCAUGUGAGGAAGGAGCUCAAGUCCCACAUCCAGAGUCUCCCGGACCUCUCGCUCCUCCCCAACGUGACCGGGGGUCUGGCUCCGCUCCCGUCGGCCGGAGACCUCUUCUCCACCGACUGACGCGCCUUUGCCCAGACGAAAUACCCCGAUGCUCCUCCCCAGCCAAAACCCAGCCCCACGUUCGAGUCGCAAAAAAAAUACUCCCAGCUGCGUCCCCGGCCGGAGGACGCGUGGUCAACCCUCCCGCGGCAGAGUAGCCAGCCCACCCGCUGACUCCAAAAUUUGCAUGACAGGAGGGAGAAGGGGACGUCAGAAGGACGAUUUGGUGAAAUCAAAUAGCUCUGCAGAGGAGAACAGAGACUCUGACAGCCUGGAUCUGCCCCGUUCCUGCUCAAUCAACUAGGAUUCCACUCCACCAGCCUGGAAGUUUGUUUCCUGUUUGUUUUUAUGUUAUUGUUUUUUUUUAAUGCUGGAGAUGUCACUGAUGUGGGAGGAGGGGAGGGGCGAAGAAGCAAAGCUUCAACAGACAUAAAUAUUGAUUGUCAGGGCAUAUGUGUCUUUCUGUGUGCUACAUUUUGGAUUCGGUGAGAAAGGUUGUGAUUACACUGUGAAUAGGAUGCACCGUUCAUUAGUUUGUUUGUUUGGUUUGCUUUCAGUUAAAGGCUUUUUAUUGACACAUAGUCGGGUAGGUGGUUUGGAUGAGUGUACAAUUAGAGAAGAUACCAAAUUGGGUUCAGUGUACGAUGGAUUUUGGAUAUUUCAUGAUUGUUCUCGUGGACAGUUGUUACACAACACACUCAUUAUCCGGAUCACUUCACGGAGUGACAGUUUAAAAUCAAUAUAAGCUUUGGUUUUCAUGCCAAGUGUUUUUUUUUUUCCUCAUUUACAAACUGAAAGUGUGCAAAAAGUACCCACUUGUUUUCAGAUGCUCCAAAAGGGACGAGGCUAAUUAUGUUCGUGUGUGUACCAGGCGAGUUUUGUGAUACAAAUACUGGAAGUUUGAAGAAACAGAUCAGUUUGCUUUCUUAAAAAAACAACUUUGGUCUUGGUUGGUCUUUGUUUUAAUGAAAGCAUUUAUGAAAUGCUAAAAUAAAUUAAAAAAAAUAGGAAGUGUCAAAGAUCAUUUAGUUUUAGAGUGAGUAGGGGCGGGGAAUCUGGAAAGAAAGAAAUGUGAAGAUAACAAGGUCAGACCAGGACAAUUUCUACACAGUUACAUUCGUCAUCAGAAAUGAUCUUGAACUAUCAUCUUCAUUCUGGAAUAUUUCAGAAAAUAGUUCAUGAUUCACAAAAUUUAAAUAAUAAAUGAUAAUCGAUACAUAUUGCUUGGCCAUAGUGUGUGAAGAUGAAAUAUUAUACUAAACAGUGGCAGCAUCAGAUCCACCCCUGGAGUGUUUUUAUUAAAAAUUGACAAACGACUGUAUGAAUCUCAUGAUUUGGACUUGAAGCUGAGGGAGGGUGAGUGACUUAUUGCCAGUGUUAUAUUUGGUACCAGAUUGUGAGGAUUCUUUAAUCUGGUUUUGUCAAAACCAAACAUUUUCGGUAUUCUGUUGUUGUUUUUCAGUUUGUCUGUUUACAAAAAGAAAUAAUAAUUUUCUGGAGAAGUUUUAUGAUAAAAUGUGAUGAAGUUUUUACCAAGACAAAGCACUCAUUUUGUAAAAGGUUCAGAAGCCGAUCGCACCUGCUGCCGCCCCCGACGGGAGUGUUUUCUAAAGAUAGUGGAGAUUAGAGUAGCUUACUGCUGAAGCAAUUGGAGAAAAUACAUUUUUCUGAACUCCCGGAUCGAUUGGAGUCUCCUGCCUGUCUGAAUAUAAAAUUACAAAAAGUGUUCAAUUCGAAAACUGUACGCCCGGAAGGAUUUCAGCGAGGUUUCCAGCCAGGGUGUGCUUCACUGUUGAUAUUCGUCCGGUCUCAGCAGAAUCAUACUGUACUUCCACAACUUCAGCGGUGAGCGUAGGGUUUUUCUGUAAUGAAAGUGCUUCAGUGGAUGCCAAUAAACUGGAACCAUGUGAACAUUUA